GUCCAAGUCGUCAUGAUUGUAAUUGGCAUCUUACUUAAUUCUUUCCUCGCUAUCGCAGGCAGCAUUCAAACCAAUAAAUCCCAAUUUUCAUUGUUCAUGCUCACCUAGAGUUGACUAGACCUCAUACCUUCGACCUCAAUGUCUUUGAUCCCGUCUUCCUCGUGACCUUCUUUCUCAUCGGUGCCUCCCUCCACCGUCGACAAUCAUGCCUCCAAUAGGCGGGCGCAUCUGCGCUAACUGCCUUUCCUCCUUCAGGCCCCUGGUAACGACAAUCUCGAGACGGCCUCCCCGGUCAGGUGCCUCGCAAUGGCAAGCCCCUUCUCAACUUCGAUCCUUCUCCCAGUCACAUCUCAUGCGGGCUUUCACGCCGCCCACACCUGAAUCUCUGGGAAAAGCCGCUCCUGCGAAACAGUAUAAAAGAAUCCGAAAAUGGUCUCGAAGAUUGGCAUACCUCACCUUGUUCACUGGUGUCGCCUAUGUUCUUGACACCCAGUUCUACGCUUCCUGUCUCACUCGAUGCACGAGAACGUUUGCCGCCGGUCUCACCACUGCCCUCGAUUACAAGAUCAAUUUUCGUGAGAACCCCCCCUUUGCAGACGACAUCACCGAGGUCCACAUGCGCAAUGCAGUCAGGCUUGUCAACCUCCUCCAGACCAAUGGCGGGCUGUAUCUCAAGAUGGGACAGGCCAUGGCCAUGCAGACCGCCAUCCUCCCGCCUGAGUUUCAGAAGAUGUUUAGCAAGAUGUUCGACGAUGCCCCACAGAACGAUUGGGCACAAGUGAGGAAGGUCAUCAUGGAAGACUUUGGCGGAAAGACACCAGAGGAAGUUUUUGGUAUCUCAUUUGACGGCGAUCCGGAGGCCGGGGUGAUGGAACGAAAAGCCCGGGCCAGUGCCAGUGUGGCACAAGUACAUUGGGCUCGACUGAAGGACGGCCGAGAGGUGGCAAUCAAGAUUCAAAAACGUGAGAUUGCCCAGCAAGUCGCCUGGGACUUGUGGGCUUUCAAGGUGGUGACCAAAAUAUACACCUGGUGGUUCGAUCUUCCCCUCUACACCUUGGUUCCCUACAUCAGUGAACGCAUCGAACUAGAGUGUGACUUCCAGAACGAAGCCAAAAACUCCCGGCAGAUGGCAGAAUUCGUCAAGGGCGAACCACGCCUUCGUGAUCGGGUCUACAUACCCAAGGUCUAUGAUGAUCUGACCACCAAACGUGUCAUGACUGCCGAGUGGAUUGAAGGUGUCCGUCUUUGGGACAAAGAAGGCAUCACACGACCCUGGAAGGGUGGAUGGCGAUCUGGUAGCCCUGGUUGCCACGGCACACCGCUUGAUCCUCCUGGUACUCCAACACCAACUCCACAAUUGCAAGCUCGCUCGUCACAGGACGCAGAAGUCAAGCCCGAUCGGACGUUCUACAAAGGAAAGGAUGGUAAAGGUGGACUAGGCCUCGACCUGCAAGAAGUCAUGACCACCAUGGUAGACCUGUUCUCAGCCCAAAUGUUCCUGUGGGGAUGGGUGCAUUGUGACCCUCAUCCGGGCAACAUCUUUAUCCGUCGUCUUCCUAAUGGCCGUUCCGAACUAGUGUUGAUCGACCAUGGCCUCUACAUCCAUAUGUCACCACAGUUCCGGCAUCAGUACUCUCUCUUUUGGAAGUCGCUCAUGAUCUUUGACAACAAGACCUUGAAGGAGGUUGUGUCGCAAUGGGGUGUCAACAAUGCAGAUAUUUUUGCCUCAGCCACGCUGAUGCGACCGUACGAAGGCGGUGACAUGACUGUGUCCAACCGAAUCAAGGGCAUCAGCAAAUAUGAGAGGAAUCGCCGGCAGUACGAGAUGCAACAAGCGAUGCGCAAGGGGAUUCGCGAGAUUCUCGGCGAUGAGACCAAGUGGCCACGGGAGUUGAUCUUUAUUGGCCGCAACUUACGUAUCGUGCAGGGGAACAACCAGUACUUGGGCAGUCCGGUCAACCGGAUCAAGAUUACUGGCAACUGGGCGUCGAGGGCAUUGACCGAGGAUUUACAACUGACAUGGUCAGAGCGAUGGAGAUUCUACGGUAGUCACAUCCUUUUCAAGGUUGUGCUUCUGGCGACCGAUGCCUUCUGGUGGUACUCGUGGAUCAGACAGCGUCUGGGCCGGGGUAAAGGUAUGGACGAGGACAUGGAUGAGCAGAUGAGGAAGAUGGCUAAGGAUUAUGGCCUUGAAAUGAAUCAUUCGGUGUUUGAUGGAUAGAUGGCUCUGGGACACUACGAGCCGGCCUAUUACUUUUACCUAGACGCUAGACUCCGUACAUAUGUAAACUAUCCCAAUCCACCCCUUUCAGUUUCGAGCAAGA